UCUUCCCUCCUCAAGCUGACCCCAGAUGGUGGAUGGAAGGGACGGGGGGCACAGUGACAGUUUAUCCUGAUGGGUUCCCUUUCCACUCGGGCAUUGACCUUUGCCCUCUUCUUAGUCCUCUACAGCCUUGCCACAGCUAUAAAUGGCCUCAUCAUCUUCCUCACCUAGACAGACCCCAGGCAUAACAGCCCCAUGUACUUUUUCCUUGGCCACCUGUCCUUCCUGGAUAUUUGCUUCAUCACCACCGCCAUCCUGCAGAUGCUGAUCCACCUGGCGGUCAAGAACCAUACACUCUUUGCCUCCUGCAUGACCCAGGUGUAUCUGGUGUUUGGUGUGGGUGUGGCUGAGUGCCUCCUCUUGGCUUUUAUGGCCUGUGACUGUUAUGCUGCUAUCUGCCACCAGCUUAACUAUGCCCAGAUCAUGAGCCAGCAGGUCUAUGUGAGGCUGCUGAGUACUGCCUGGUUCUUUAGGCUGACCAGUGGCAUCCUGCUUGAUUACAUGGUGUUUCGUGGUCCAUUCUGUGGAGACAACCACAUAGAAAACUUCUUCUGUGAGGCCCCCAUAGUGAUUACCCUCUCUUGUGGAGACCCCCACUUUUGUCUGAGUAUCUCUGCUGAUGCCAUCAUGGUGCUGCUCAGCCCCAUGCUCACUGUCAUCUCCUAUGCCUUCAUCUGGGCCUCCAUCUUCAGCAGAGCCUCCCCCUCAGGUCGGGGAAGGAAGACCUUCUCUACUUGCACCUCCAAUCUGACUAUGAUCAGCUUUUUCUAUACCUUGGCCAUGUUCUCUUACAUGAACCCCCACAGCACACAUGGCCCUGACAAAGACAAGCCUUUCUCCCUCCUCUACACUAUCAUCACCCCCAUGUGCAAACCCAUCAUAUACAAUUUUUGAAACAAAAAAAUGAAGAGGGCCAUGGUGAGGGCCCUUGGACAGACCAGCCUGGCCCAGGCAGAGUCUGUCUAGCCCGAAGGAUCCUGGAGGGGAA